AUGGCAUCCUCAUCUACAGGUAUGUAUGUACCCGUAGAUUUUCAUUACAAUGGAUUCUUUUCGCCAAACCCAUUGGUGUACUUAGACCCCGUAAAAACAAAUGUACGUGAUGUGGAUUUUGGGGGAUUUACGUAUAAAGAGUUUCUUUUGUGGCUUACGAAAUUAACAAAUGGAGAAUGUGAUAAUGUCUACUACUGUAUGAGAAAGGAAAGCUUGUGUGAGGGUAUUAGAAGAAUCGACAGUGAUGCUGAUUAUUGGGAGUUUGUGGAGACUGUUUAUAGUCUGGAGAGUGAUAGUCUUGAGAGUGAGUUAGAUGUGUACAUUGACCACCGAAAUGAACCAAUUCUUGAUUGGGCUGAUAACGAGUUCUUAGAAGAUGGUAAAGGGUAUGAGUUGGAUGAAGAGGAUGACAAGGAUUCUGAAGUUUCAAUGAAAAUGGAAUAUGAACAUGAAUGGGAUGAUGAAGAUGAACAUACUUUUGAUAAAACUGUUAGAGACCCAUUCUUGGACAAACUUUCAGGGCAUAUUAGUGAUGAUGAUGAAGAGGAAGCAAACAAUGGGAAACUUAAGGAUGUUGUGUUCCCUGUCCAUAAUGAGAAUCAAGAAUGGGAGCAAAUGGUGCCAGUUUUGGGUAUGAAGUUUUCUAAUCCAUUGGAAUUGAAGUUGUGUAUCACCAACUAUGCAGUCAAAAAUGGAUAUGAUUUAUGGUAUGAGAAAAGUGAUCAUGAAAGGUUAUUGGUAAAAUGUUGUAAAGGUAGAGAUGCAAAUAACCAUAUAUAUCCCAUUGCUUGGGCUGUUGUAUCAGUGGAAAGUAAAGAAACAUGGAAGUGGUUUAUUAACCUUCUAAUUGAGGACCUUGGAAUGGGAGUUGGGCAUGGACUAACCUUGAUAUCAGACCAACACAAAGGAUUACUUGAGGCUGUGAAGGAAAGGGUUCCAGCAGCAGAGCAUAGGCAAUGUGCUAGGCACAUAUGUGCUAACUUCCUGAAAAGGUUUAAGGGCCAAGUGUUUAGAAAGCUUUUCUGGCUGAAGUUGUCCAAGCUUAAGGAUCUUCAAAGGUUUUGGAAAGUAAUACCAUCUGGUUAUCAACAGUAUGAAGUCAGACUUGGGUAUGAUGCAUAUGUUGUGGAUAUUGGUAGUAGGACAUGUGCCUGCAGAACUUGGCAGUUAACAGGUUACCCUUGUGUGCAUGGGUAUGCUUGCAUUGCAAGCCUCAACAGGGAUGUACAGGAGUAUGUGUCACCAUGGUUUACCACAUCAAUGUACCUAAACUGUUACAGGAAUACCAUUAACCCACUAAAUGGUAGUGACAUGUGGCCUCAUGUAGACUACAUCAGCCCAUUGCCCCCCAAAAGGAGAAGGCUACCAGGAAGACCAUCAACAAAAAGGAAAAGGGAUCAGAUUGAGAGGGAAAACCAAGGAAAAAAGCAUUCAAUCACAAAAAGAGGUAGUGUGAUGAAAUGCAGCAUAUGUAGGGAAAGUGGGCAUAAUAGAACAACCUGUCCUCAAAAACCAAUUGGGGAAUCAUCAAAUGCAAGUUCAAAGAAAAAGAAAUCCAAGAAAGCUGAUAAAGUGAAGGUUGUAUUGGCACAUGAAGUUGAUAUUGACAGUGACAGUGAAGUUGAAAUAGAACCUGAAAGUGAUGUUGACUCUUUUGAUCUUGAAUUUGAAGAUGAUGUGCAACCUGAAGUUGAAGAUGGAGUAGAACCUGAAGUCCAAGAUGGAGUGCAACAUGAAGUUCAAGAUGAAGUGCAAGCUGAAGUUGAACCUGAAAAUCAUCCUGAAGUUCAUGAUGCUAACCAAGUUGAAGUUCACCUUGCAGUUCAAGCUGAAGUUGAACCUGAAGUGCAAGUUCAAGUUGAAGAUGCUAACCAAAUUGUAGUUCAAGAUCAAGUGGAAAUACCAGCUUUUCAAGUUGUAGUGGGAAAGAGGGCAAGGAAACCUUCAGAAAGAAUUACAAAACUGAAGAUAAGAAAGAUGUGGGAGGGAAAACAGGGCAGUAGUGAUGACAAUCCGUAUGAGUUGGAUUAACUUUUGGCUUAUUGUACUGUUGUUAAUGUUUUUGGCAUCUUUGACUGACAUCUUUUAACUUUGGAAUCUUUUGGCACAUCUUUUGAAAACUAGUUGGAAUAGCUUAACUUUUUGCACAUCUUUUGG